AUGGACGCCUCCACCUCCGCCGCUUCCUCUUCAUUCUCCUCUUCAGCAUCCUCCUCCACCAGGCAAUCGCCCAGCACCUCCGCCGCCGUCAUGGCGCCCGCCCCCGUCCAGGCCAAGGUCCCCUCGACCGAGCCCUUCCUCAAGGACUUUACCCUCGUCGCCGAGGCCGCCAAGCGCGCGCAGGCCGCCGUCAUGGUGCGCGACUUCGCCGACAUGGGCCUUUGA